UUUACCUCGCGCAGCCAAUGAGACGCUACGCGCGAGGAUGCUGGAUAUUCCAUAAAUGGCUUGUUAGGGAAAGGUGUUAUUUUCUCUGCGCGUUGUGUUCACGGGAAUCUCGAGUCUCUAUUUGUUGUUCAUGUUUUAUUAUUAAGCCCGCGUGCUUUAUUCGAUGUACGUUGUUGGCAGAGGAUAAAAUAGCAAGGGUUGACUUCUCGCACCGACGGCGUAUAGGCUACUUGUCGUUUUUUUGGGAGAUUCGGCUCCAUUCAUCCACACCAGCACGCGUUUACAGCCUCAACUAUCCGAUUGUCCUUGGGACCACGCGCUCUCCGAGUUUACCCGCCGAGACUACAGUUAGCACGGCACGCCUUCCUCCCUCUCUAACGACACUCUGAAACGAGAAUGGUCAUGUGCCGUGAAGUUCCAAUGCACAUUGCUGAUGCUGAAUGUACACUUAGUGGUGAAGGGUCGACAGAGACUCAGUGGCGUCAGGCAGAGCUCCCGCAGCUCCAGGGCUGGGCGGAGAAAGGACUGCUGACACAGCCAAAGAUGAUCAUCAGUAACAUGGAGGCCCCGGUGUCAAACGGCCCCAGCGGCAACACCUCCAACGGGCCGACCACCAACAGCCGCGGCUGCCCCUCCCCGAUGCAGACCGGCGGCGCCACGGAUGACAGCAAGACCAACCUCAUCGUCAACUACCUGCCCCAGAACAUGACCCAGGAGGAGUUCCGCAGCCUGUUCGGCAGCAUCGGAGAGAUUGAGUCCUGCAAGCUUGUCCGUGACAAGAUCACAGGUGAGACCACAGGACAGAGUCUUGGAUACGGGUUUGUUAACUACAUUGACCCAAAGGAUGCAGAGAAGGCCAUCAACACAUUAAACGGACUGAGACUCCAGACCAAAACAAUCAAGGUGUCGUACGCACGGCCAAGCUCCGCCUCCAUCCGCGAUGCCAACCUGUAUGUGAGCGGCCUGCCCAAGACCAUGACCCAGAAGGAGCUGGAGCAGCUCUUCUCCCAGUAUGGACGCAUCAUUACCUCUCGCAUCCUGGUCGACCAGGUCACAGGCCCCACAGGCGGCUCCCGGGGCGUGGGCUUCAUCCGCUUCGAUAAGAGGAUAGAGGCCGAGGAGGCCAUCAAGGGCCUGAACGGGCAGAAGCCGUCCGGCGCCGCCGAGCCCAUCACCGUCAAGUUCGCCAACAACCCCAGCCAGAAGACCAGCCAGGCCCUGCUGUCCCAGCUGUACCAGUCCCCCAGCCGGCGCUACCCUGGGCCCCUGCACCACCAGGCCCAGCGGUUCAGGCUGGACAAUUUGCUUAAUAUGGCCUAUGGCGUAAAGAGGUUCUCCCCCAUCACCAUUGACAGCAUGACCAGCCUGGUGGGCAUGAACAUCCCGGGCCACACAGGGACCGGCUGGUGCAUCUUCGUGUACAACCUCUCCCCCGACUCCGACGAGAGCGUUCUCUGGCAGCUGUUUGGGCCGUUCGGCGCCGUCAACAACGUCAAGGUGAUCCGCGACUUCAACACCAACAAGUGCAAAGGCUUCGGCUUCGUCACCAUGACGAACUACGACGAGGCGGCCAUGGCGAUCGCCAGCCUCAACGGCUACAGGCUGGGCGACCGCGUCCUCCAAGUCUCCUUCAAGACCAACAAGACGCACAAGUCUUGAGCCAGUGAACCGGUGAAUCCAGUUUGCACCCCCCAAACACCACCACCACCACCACCACCACCACCCCCCUUCCAUCGCCAACUUGGUCCAGUCCAAACACCCCCCUACCCUGUCCCCCUUCCAACGCCUCUCCCCCGAAACCCCUCACCCCACCCUCCCCAACCCCACCCCAGAACACCCCAACCGCCCUGGUCCCUUUCGUCACAACCUUCUAUUGCCACUCUCUGACAGCCAUCCGACACAGCAAACUCAUCCCCAAACUUCAACCCCAAACUCAACGCCAACACAGAGCAACCGAUUAAAAAAUCAUCAACAAAUUGAACUAGAAAUGGCUUAUAUUAUAACUUUGGACCUAUAAGCCAAUGUUGCCUAAGUAUUACAAAAAUGAAAUGAUGAAAUGUGUCCAUAUGUUUUCGGAAGCUCCUGUGAUAAAACAGGCUUCUCUCUUUGAUGUGUAAUUUUUCUGUUUGUUUGUUUGAUUGUUUGUUGUGGUUGUUAAAGAAAAUGAUUUUUCUCUUCUGUGCACACAGUAGCAAACCCCCCUGUACUUCCCUUAUUUCAGAGAAGAGAGUUUUAGAUUGAAACCUUUUUCUCUGUCUUGAUUCAGGAUUGGUUUUUCUUUUUGAAAUCCGGAUCCACUGUCGUCAACGGUUACGUCCCCCCCUGUGGUUAAAAGGGAGGGGGCUCCUCAGUUUAAGUUUGGUUUUCAAUUGGUGAACCAUUCAUUCAUUUUUUUUCGUGUAAGUAUUUGAUUCCCUCUCCACAGCCCCACCCCCUUAUAGAUUAUAGAUGGGACGGCAUCGUCCCCGAUAACUGAUGCAGAUAAAAUAUGAAUUUCUAACAUUGUUUUUGUUUUCUAAUCGCAAACAAAACACAUGUCUUUCCUCACGUGGGUUCAGGGAGAUAGGGGGAACGGGAGGGGAACGGGUUAGCUUUCCUGAUGAAAAAAAAAUAUCACUGUUGCCAAAGAGACGAUCUCUUUGCUUGAAAAAAAAAACACGUUUAGAAAAAGAUAAAAAUAAAGAGAGAAAAAAAAAGAUCUAUUUUUGUAAAUGAUAAUUAAAAUAAUAAUUAUUGAAGAAUUUUUACAAGAAUCUGGAUUUGAAAAAGAGAAAAAUAUUUUGACUGGCUAACUAAA